UCCGGCGCACUACUGACAAGUUGCAGAAGGCUGCAGCUGUUACACUGUGCAGGGAUGGCGAGAGCUGGAGGCCGAGCAGGCAAGGUCUUUUCUUCUGGACGACUGUGCCUCCCUGUAAGACCAGCAGCCUGUAAGAGAAGGACUGCUGUCAGGAAAGCCUCCACCACGUCCGUGGACUCGGGGUACUCGCUGUGCUCCACAGACUCAGAAGACCAGGUUUUGGUCAUUAAUCGAGGUCUGGACCGAUGUGCAGCGCUACUACACGACAUACUACAGUGUGAAGUGAAAGAGAGUCCACUGAAGACUCACAAAAUGCCUUUCACCAGAGGGAACGUCAGAUCAUCCACCAUGAAAACAAAGAAGACUUCAGUGAGGAAGCCCACAACGGCCUCCCACGUCUACAAAGAGAAGGGACCUCUCGGAAGGACUUUGCCACCCGGGCUGUGUAAUGCUGAGGUACAGAGACUUGGGUUGAGUUCUCCACCAUUGAUUGUGCCGUCCCAUAAUUUGGACCAUGUAACUACACAGAUGCAGCACUUAAAUCAAGUGUCCCCCCUGACCUAUAUGGCUCCGUCAGCGGCAGGUCCUGAAGCUUCUGCUCUGUAUAACUGUCGUUUACCGACGUCAACCCCAACCCUGUCCCCCCAACAUCCUGCAAAUCUCAAGAGCUCCAGUAAUGAAGGUUUCCACCAGACUUUACCACCAGGGGGCGUCGCUCUCUUUCCUUCUUCCAUGCCUGCGUCCUCAGCUUUCACAAUGGCAGGCAAUACACAGACUUCGGCCGUUCAUAACUCCACUGUACCCUCCGGCUACCAACCAACGCAUCACACUAAGCUCAGCCACUACCAGAGUCUGAUCCGGGACUCUGAUUUACUGCACUGUGUGGCCACUCACUUAGCUGGGCUACAACAGGGUGAGAUCCCCUUACAGAGCCAGGCAGCGGAGUCCGGCUGUGAGAGCGAUGCGGGCGCUGCCGGGGCUGUGCCUGCGCGAGAGAUGAGCUGCCAGGCAAGUUUCAACAAGUGCAAGAAGAGCCCAGAGAAGACGGAGAAGAAGAUAAUGGCAGUGAAGUACUUGCUUGGGGAGAUCAAGUCCUUGGUGGAAGAUCAAGCAGGUGACGGGGAGGCGAUGCGUCUAGUGGCGGAGUUGGAGCGCACAGUGUCCCUGUUGCCUGCCGUUGUAGGCAGCACUAAUGUUAAUGCAGAGAUCGCUCUGGCGCUGCAGCCCCUGCGGAGUGAGAACGCUCAGCUGCGGAGACGAUUGCGAAUCCUCAACCAACAGCUCAGAGAUCGGGAGAGGAGUGCGAGGACUGAGGAGCAGAACGAUGAAGUGACCUCUCUUCAGUCCAUGAACGAGACCCUUCAACAUCAGCUGAGCGAGUCCCAGAAAGCCCUGGAGUCUCUGCAGAGCAAAAACGAGGAGCUGCUGAAAGUGAUUGAGGUCCAGAAGGAGGAAACCAGGAAGACGGCGACGAUCAUCCAAGAGAGAGAGCAGCAAAUACGUCACAUAUCGCAGGAAAACUGCGUCACGACAGCCAACGGGAAGAAAGAAGUGGAAGACGCUCUGGGGAAGAUGAAGUCUGCCCAGUUGAAGUUGGAGGCCUCAGAGAAGGAGAACCAGAUUCUGGGGAUUACGUUGCGGCAUCGCGAUGCAGAGAUCACGCGGCUCCGAGAACUCACGCGGACUCUACAAGCUGGCAUGGCCAAACUGCUCUGUGACCUCGGAAAGGAUACCCCGAAACCCAAACCUGGCGGCAGCAGCUUGACGCAGGCAGCCCUUGGCAGCUAUGAUAGACAGGUCCAGGGCGAGCAGUGCUCCGCCAGCACCUCCAUAAUGAACUAUCUGAGGAGGUUGGAGACAGACCAGGUCUUCACAGAUUCCAUAUAUUCCGAUAAACCUCUGCUCCCACCCAGCGGCCAGGUAAGCUGCAGUAAAGGUGAGCCCAGUGACGAAUAUAUGGUCGGCCAAUGCCUUGUCCCCCAGAGCGCUUGUCCCCCAGUAACCACUUACAGCCCCCACAAACCUAAACAGGACCUGGGAAGUGAAUUGUGUUAUCUGACCAGCGACGAGCACAGACCUGAUGAGACCAUGUAUCUGCCCCUGGUGAGCAGCCCCUGUAGAGACAAAUAUGCCCCUUCCCUGAGGGGGAUGUGCACGCCACCUGAGGUGUCCACAGAUGAGAGGGACCUGGACUCCAUCUCUCAGUACAACGGUCACAGCUCCGAUAAGAGUCCCAGGGUUCACAAAGACUCACGCUGCACUGCCUGCACCUCAGAUCUGACCUCCAAAGCUCCUCCGCAAGACUCCAGGAUGGAAGUGCCUCCUCCAAGAAUCCCAUCUCAGUCAUACCCACCCCCCGUCCUACAGCAGAUGAGGCGCCUGCAGGUCCAGGGCGAUCCGGACUGGAGCGUCUGCUCCUUCUCCACCUUCACAUCCCAUGACGAGCAAGACUUUAGGAAUGGCCUCGCUGCCCUGGAUGCCAAUAUCGCUAAACUGCAGCGGACCUUACAGAAUGGCGUCACCGAGAAGUAGCGCCGUGCAGCCACGGAGUCCACGCGUCCGCCUCAAAUCAUGUUGUUAAAUUAUUUUUAUAGUAUACAUUGUGAUUUUAUAUAAAGGUUUGCUGCCAAAUAAU